AUGGAGGGCUAUCACCCGGACGACUUCAUGGAAGGGUUAAAGGUGAUACUUGAUGCAGGAAACUAUGGGUAUUGGAAAUUCCGGAUGAGGUCGAACAUCGAAAAUUUCAGCUCAAAAUUGAGUGCUUUGGUGCAAGAGUCCCACACCUUGGGAAUUAUAUACAAGGAUGCUAAGCUGGUGAAGAAACUCAUGAGGUGUCUACCAUCAAAGUUUACUCUCUCCAAGGCUGGUUGA